UCCUUCGUUCCUUGUCGUCCAAGGCUCCUCUCCAUCCCCUCUCCCCCUCUCCUCGUCCUCUCUCUCCUACCCCAAACCCUACCUCAAGAAUAGAAAAGAAUAUGUGAAGGAGAAUCCGAUCUCCGAUCUAAACCCUAUUCGGAUCGCUUUCGUCUCUCUGAUUCUCCGACGGCGACGACCCCCUAUUAUCCGAUGAACGGCGGCGCAUUGUCCUCCAAUCCGCGCCGGCCCGCCGCUCCGGCCGCCGCGGCACAGCUCGCUCCGGGAUUCCGGUUCCACCCAACCGAUGAGGAGCUUGUCAGCUACUACCUCAAGCGCAAGGUUGCCGGAAAAUCCCUCCGCAUCGAUUCCAUCGCCGAGAUCGAUCUGUACAAGUGCGAGCCCUGGGACCUCCCGCCCCUGUCCCGGAUCGUGAGCCGGGACCUGGAGUGGUACUUCUUUAGCCCCCUCGAUCGCAAGUACUCUAAUCGCUCCCGGAUGAAUCGCUCCACCGCCCAGGGCUACUGGAAGACCACCGGCAAGGACCGCUCCGUCCGUCACAACAACCGCGUCGUCGGCAUGAAGAAAACCCUCGUCUACCAUGCCGGCCGGGCACCCCGUGGCGAGAGGACCAAUUGGGUGAUGCAUGAAUACCGGCUUGAGGACCAGGAACUCGCUGGCACUGUCACUUGCACUGGGAUCCCUCAGGAUGCGUACGUUGUCUGCAGGAUCUUUAAGAAGAGCGGCCCAGGGCCACAGAACGGGGCUCAGUAUGGGGCUCCAUUUAACGAGGAGGAAUGGGAGGAGACCGAUGGUGGUAUGUUCGUGCUGGGAGAUGAUGGCGACGAUGACUUUUAUGAUGCUGGAGAACACGAACAGGAGUACUUGCAGAUGAAUGAUUUUCUGCAGGACAGUGGCAGCCAUCAGGAAGAUCCUUCAGUUCUACUGGAGGAAAUACUGAAUGACCCAAGUUUCAAUAAUGACAUGAUGGAACACACUGAUGAACCUGAACUGCAGAAUGAGCCAGUGCUGAGUAAUAAUGACAUGGGCAAAAAAAUUGGCACGGCAGAAGACCCUCCAAGCCAAAAUGAGGGAUAUGUGGAGCUUAAUGAUCUUGCUGAUAUUGUAAACGCGGAAGACCCUCCUAGUGAAGACUCUGUAGGUUGCUCUUUAAGGACUUGUAAUGUGGAUGGAGUAGAUGAUAGCACCAAUUUACAAGAAAUCCUUGAUGUGGAGGAAUUUUUCGACACUGUGAAUGAAAAUAUAAACCAGCCGGAACUGUUUCAGAUGGCCCCAACACUUUGUGAUAACUAUAAGCUGCAACCGAUUGAUCUCAGGAAUCCCUUAGAUGGUGAUUGUCCUUCCGGUCAACUGGCUGACGGAAAUACAUUGUUAUUUGAUGCAGCUAGUAAUGAUCUAGCAUUUGCUCAGGAUGAUUUUGCCGAACUGAAUCAUCUUCUGGACUCGCCUAUUUCCGAUCCAUCUGGAUUUGAUAUGGUGGAUAAUUUAAUGGCGUACUUUGAUGCUGCAGAUGAUAAUUUACAUGUUGAUACUGCAGGCUUCUUAGAAAAGUCAGGGUGUAUGAAUUCUUCCAUCUUGGACCAGUUCAACCUCACUCCUGAAUUUGAUGGCAUCAAUGCUCAACCAAAUGAGGUGAUCCCCUGGGCAUCAGAAGCAAAUGUUGCAAGCGACCCAUCAUCCUCUCUUAGAUUACCUGAUGCUGGUAAUCAAUUAAAGACUGAAAAAGAUGUCAAUAUUAAACUAGAUGUCCAAGGGAGUGAGAGUAAUGGUAAAACGAUCACAAAACGGCUUGUGAACAUGUUGGGCUCAAUCUCAGCUCCCCCUGCCCUUGCUGCGGAAUAUCCUGUUGGGAGGUCUGAGAAGCCUGUUGGACAAAUCUCUGAAACCCAUUCAGCCAGCUCGGUACAUGUCACAGCUGGGAUGAUCCAAAUACGUGAUCUAACCGUGACAGGACACACAAAACACUGGUCCCUGCAGAAGAAUGGAGAUGCGGACUUUCUCCUCUCCUACAGUAUGGCUGGUAAUGAAGUUAGCAACUCUAUAGGUUUUGACCCAAUUUCAAAGAUGCAGGGAGGACCAUUGUCAGUGGUGCUACGUGGUGGCUUCUAUCUUUUCUUCCUCUCAGCGUUGAUUCUUACAGUAAGCUAUAGAGUAGGAUUGUGUAUUUGUAGCAGGUGAGGUUUGUCUAUUGAAAACACUGUUUUGACCAUGAAAGGGCAGAAAAUUUAAAACUAUUCAGGGAAAGUGAAGGACCGACAAUGCUGGACUAUAUCUAUUGUAUAUUGUGACAUCUGUAAUAACCGUGCUAUGAUAUUUAUUAGUGGCUUUUUUCAACUAAAUCA